AUGUUCCCCUUCCAGGUUCAAGACGACCAAGCCGUGAGGCCUUUGAGUGAAGAGGAUCAGCAGAUCCUUCUGGGUCUGGCUCGUCGCUAUGGCGUCUCCAGUCUCGUCUGCGCUUUGAGCGGUCUGGGCACUUCAUCCCGGGCCUCGACCUUCUCAGCGACCACGCUUCUUAGCAACACAAGUGCUCCCUCGUUGACAUGGAGCAGCUCCGAGGCUUCUCACGGCCGAUCCGAUGCCGCUUCGAUACGCACCCAGUCUACAUGGCAAGACACUUCUACCGACGUGCCUUCGAUUCAUGAUGGUGAAGUCGGCAAAAUUCCUGACCGGACGUGGCUCGACUCGCCCAGCCUCAUGCAGUCGCCUAUUCCCUCAUGCGAUGUCACCUCCCACCCCUCGCCUCGACAUGUCGCACCGACUUCCAAGAAAUACCAGUGCCCUAUGUGCUUUUUGGACAACAACCCCGUGGGUUUUGGUCGCAAGAGUGAUUUUAAGAAGCAUCUCUACAACUUCCACGGCGCUGAUGUGACGUGGCUGUGCAAGACCAAGGGCUGCCACCUCUCUUUUGCUACUGAACGCGCCUACAGCACUCACGCCAAGGAGACACACCGCAUGGACGCUCUCCCCAAUAGCUCGGCCAAGACUGAGUUGUGCCCUCAGGUCGUGUUUGCGUGCGGUUUCGCCAACUGCAAGGACCGUAUCUUCGAGGCCGCGACCAACGACCAGGCGUCGGGCAGCCGAGACAAGUACUUUGAGCAUAUUGCCAAGCACUUCGAGGACGGUUUCGAUGUCAACAACUGGGAGUACAAGGCUCAGUUGCACAACCUCAUGCGUCAGUCCAAGGUCAAGUCUAUCUGGAAGACAUGCAUCUGGCCCAAGGAGAAGAGGCAACAGCUCACAUGGCGCCCGCGAUCCUCUGGUGACCUCAAGCGAAUGCUCGAGGCGCGCCACCUCGGCCAGGAUAUCUCGACUCUUGUCCGCCUCGCCUUCAUCCUCGGUACAUCGCCCUUUACGAACCCCAAUACGCCACCUCCUAGCGAGAUCGAUCUUCAGUUCUCUCUUCCCGUCCGAUCCGAGUGCUUGAUGGACACGGUUGGCCAUGCUGAUGGAGCGCAACCCAAGAUGGAGAACAACGUCAACAACACACCGCCAGAACCCGUGGUUAAGCAGCAACCGCCUACACCUCAGGCGAACACGUUCCCCAACCGAAGGAUUAAGCAGGAGACUCGACCUACGACACCAGUGGACGGUAUCCCCGAGCCCAUGAUUCGAGACGACCUCGCAGCUGGCCCCCAUCCCGGAACGCCAUUUCCGAUCCCCAAUGAGCAUGUCUGGCCCGUCGAUGCACCCAAGUUCGCCCCUGACCAGAUGAAUACCUUUGCCGAUGCUUCGAUGACCUACAUCCUGCCGGGACAGGAGCUUCCCCAGCAACAAUGGACAGACAUGAGCGGCAUGCAGCAGUUCCCCCAACAAGACGAGGUCAUGACCAAUGUCUACAUGACCCCUAACCACACCCAACCCCAGUCUGCUCGCCCUGCCACACCAAUCCCCUCAAAACGACCUGGUUCCUGGGGCAAGCGACUCAGCCUCGAGAACCUUCGCCCCAAGAAGAAGACCAGCGUGUACGGCAGCCCAGCGUCCAGCACCGACGCUGUGCCCCCUGUGCCACAAAUGUACGCUGAGAUGAUUCCCACAUCCGUGCCCGCUGGUUACGAACUGCCAAUGCGGAUGGGCCACCCAUCACAAGGCUACACAUCAAACCCAGCUGGCUUCAUGCAGCAAGCGCAGAUGCAGCAACUCGGCUCACCGACGUCCUUUUACCUCGAUGAUGGGGACAUGAGACUAUAA